AUGGCACGCUGGUCCAGUCAUUGCCGGCCGUCUACAGUGUUAUCGACAAGUAAAAACUCGUAGCUGUAGUGGUUGAGAAUGACCGAUGAGCGUAGACGCGGACUUGACAACAAACCCGGCAAUGACUGAACUGUGGCCAUAACUUGUGUGUAAACUAUAAACUGUGCUUCUUCAUAUCUGACUGAGUGCAAUGUGACUAGUGGCUAACAAGCACCCACUGACUGUUAUGUCGUUGAAUUCGCGGGGCCCCGGCCCUCCACUGGCGUUCAGGCCAUCGUUACUAAUCAUCCUAAUCUUCUUCAUUGGAGCCGUUGUUUCGGAAACCAAUAAAAAAUAUCAUAUGCAGAACCUAUGCAAGAACAACUUUCUUCAACGAUUGUAUCGAAAAAUAGAUGGAGCAGAGCUCAAUUCUCAAAACGAGAGGAAUCUAAACUGCGUGAUCACCUUUCAAACUCACUCGAUACUUCAGAGAUUCAUGUUGAGAUUCGACAUGCUGCAGCUGGACUGCAAUGAUCAUCUAUUCAUUUAUGAUGGAGCACAUGCUGUUGGCAACCACAAGGCUGACCUGAGCUGUCGAAAUACAAAGCAAACAGUCGGCGCUAUCUUCACGAGGACCAACUUCGUAACACUGAAAUACGUAACUGACAAUUGGGGCACUGAGUCCAACGGAUUCAGCAUGGUCAUUACCGCCGUCAAAGAUCCCACCCAUACUUGCAAAGACUUCACCUGUACAUCACAAAAGUUCUGCAUUGCUACAGACCUAGUUUGUGAUGGCAUAAACCAUUGUGCUGACGGCUCAGACGAAGCAAUCAGUACAAAAUGCUCCCACACGGAGAGAACGCUGGUGCUGGGCAUGAGCAUGACUGCACUGGUGGUGUUGGUGGUGAGUGGUCUGCUGGUGGUGUGCGCCUGCAUAGGAGGUGUCUCACUCUGCGUGUGCCGCAAGCACCAGCCGCCCACCCCCAGUCAUCAUCAGCACCAGCCGCCGCCCCCCUCCUACAAUACCAAUCUGCCAAUGCAACAGAUGCAGGGCAACGGUACGGGGGCGACAACGAUAAUUAGCAAGCUCUCGGGAAACUGGCAUCACCCUGCGGGCCAAACGCUAGGGUACAGCGAGGCCCGGGUCCGCCUCUACUGCCAGGCAAAGUGAGGAAUUCGGGAUCAGACAGUGAUAUCUCCUCCAGCCAAAAGGAUGAAUGGUUUGUGUAGGUCGGUACACAAAUAAUAUUCCUU